UGGAUGCACUGCACCGCGGGCUUACGUGCCUCUCACGAUUUAAUUUCUAGGGGGUAGGGACAAGGGAGUCGUGACUUGGGAGAGCGUCCACUGCCAUCGAAGUACAAGGAAACGGAUAGUGCUAGCUCUUGCUUCUCGUAGAAUUUUUUCUUUAAGUGAGUGAAUAAUGGCACGUACUAAGCAGACAGCUCGUAAAUCAACUGGAGGUAAAGCACCUCGUAAACAACUAGCCACAAAGGCAGCACGUAAGAGUGCACCAUCUACUGGUGGUGUGAAAAAACCACAUCGAUAUAGGCCUGGUACAGUAGCUCUUCGAGAAAUCAGAAGAUAUCAAAAAUCAACGGAAUUGUUAAUCAGGAAAUUACCUUUUCAAAGAUUGGUUCGUGAAAUUGCACAGGAUUUCAAAACUGAUCUUCGUUUCCAAAGUGCUGCAAUUGGAGCUUUACAAGAAGCUUCAGAAGCAUAUUUGGUUGGUUUAUUUGAAGACACAAACUUGUGCGCUAUUCACGCGAAACGUGUUACAAUCAUGCCCAAGGAUAUCCAGUUGGCCCGACGAAUCCGUGGCGAGCGUGCUUAAACAAUAUGUAACUCCCAUACAUACCAUUUAUUACUAUUAUUAUCAUUCGUAACAGUCAUGGAUGAAACAUUUUCAUUCCAAACUACAUAUUAUGUUGUACUCCAUAAUAAUGUAUGAGUUAUGACAUGAUCAUCCUUUAUAACAUGUAUUUAAAAUUCAGAUUUCUAGAAAAUUGAUACAAGAAUUGGUUUUUGAUAUAGAACUGUUUUUGAUAUAGAAUAGUUUUCAUCUUUUGGUAUUAUUAUACAAAAGUAGACCAUAUAUUAUUUCUCAAAAAUUAUCAAUUACAAUUACUAAUUCCCUAAUUUCAUUUUCUUUUUCUCAUUUUACAUUUUACAGAGUAAGAAUACUUAUAAAAAGAAACCUAAAAUCGGAAAUUAAAUAAUCGUGAUAAAAGACAAUUGUUAAUUCUUCUAAAAGUACUUUUAAGAUUGAAUAAGAUCGAAAAUAUUUAGUUUCUCAUUACAAUUUUAUUAUAUUCAUCAUCCUUAUCAUUAUUGAUACAAUACAUAGUGAAAUGUACAUUAGAGAAUAAGGCACUUUUUUUGUAGGAACAGUAUGUUCAAUGUAGUGUUUAUCAUAUUAGAACUCUGGUUGUAUGAAAAUUACGUAAGAUAUUUCAAUCAGUCAAGUAUUCAUUGUUCGUGUAAAGAUAAACGUUUCUUAAAUAAAUCUUCAAAAUAAUAUUAA